AUGAGAUUAACAAAAGCGAAGGGGCCAACAAUGGCCACUUUGAUUGUGCCUCUUCUUGUAGCCUUACUUUCUCUAAGCAUUCCUUUAUCAAUUACUGCAUACUAUAAAGAUAAAACACCAUAUAUGAUCCUUAAUCAUCCAAUCCAUAGUAAAUCUCCGUCGCCACCACCACCUUCUAAAUCAUCAUCACCACCACCUCCUAAGUCACCGUCGAAAUCACCACCACCUCCUAAGACACCACCAAUUAUGCAUGGCAAGUCUCCAGCACCACCUCCGCUUCCUAAGUCAUCGCCACCACCACCUUACAUCCAUGGGAAGUCUCCAUCGACGCCUCCAAAGUCUCCACCAUCACCUCCUAAGUCACCACCAUCACCAUCCGUCCAUGGGAAGUCUCCAGCAACACCUCCUAAGUCACCAUCACCUCCUAAGUCUCCUCUACCACCACCACCACCAUCUACUCAUGGGAAGUCUCCACCAUCAUCUCCUAAGUCACCACCACCUCCUAAGUCUCCAUCACCACCACCACCAUCCAUCCAUGGUAAGUCUCCACCAUCACCUCCUAAGUCACCACCACCUCCUAAGUCUCCACCACCACCACCGUCCGUUCAUGGGAAGUCUCCUAAGUCACCACCACCUCCCAAGUCACCACCACCUCCUAAGUCUCCAUCACCACCACCACCACCACCACCAUCCAUCCAUGGGAAGUCUCCACCAACACCUCCUAAGUCACCACCACCUCCUAAAUCUCCUUCACCACCACCACCACCUCCUAAAGUCACAACCACUACCAUGUAG